CCAUCCAAUCACAGCAUCGAAAAGUUGUGCUGCGGAAGAGGGAUGAGAAGGAGAUGGCUGAACUUAGAUAGCCCUGUGUUUGGAAAAACCUCCACCAUGGACCUUCUCCGGAAGAAAGAGGGGUGCGGAGGACGGCUGCUGGUCCUCGCAGCCGUGUUUGGGUGGUGUUUCGGGGCUGUGAGCUGCUUCGGGCAGAACCUCGACAGCGAGUUCACGUUUCAGCUGCCAGCCGGAAGAUCCGAGUGUUUCUUUCAAACAGCGAUAAAGAAUGGUACGAUGGAGGUCGAAUAUCAGGUGAUAGCGGGUGCUGGUAUGGAUGUAGACUUCACCGUCAUCUCUCCAGAAGGCGUGCAUCUCAUCAUAGAGUCUCGACGCUCUGACGGAGUCCACGUGGUGGAGCCUACGGUUGAGGGAGACUAUCAAAUCUGCUUUGACAACAGCUUCAGUCACUUCUCAGAGAAGAUGGUGUUCUUUGAGAUCAUCAUCGAGGGUCAAGGAGGAGAUGUGGGUGGAGAUGAAGAGUGGCCGGGGUUGGUGGAGCCUGAUGGAAGCCUUCUGGAGUACAAGCUGGAUGACAUUCGGGAGUCCAUGGACUCUCUGCACAGACGCUUGGAGCGCAGCCGGCAGAUGCAGACGGUGUUGCGGGCUUUCGAGGCACGGGACCGAAACCUUCUGGAAGACAACCUGUGGAGGGUUUCGUUCUGGUCCUGUGCCUGUGUGCUGGUGAUGCUGUGUGUGGCCCUUACUCAGGUCUACACGGUCCGUAAACUGUUCGACGAUAAGCGGAGGGUCUGCACAUAGUGGGAUUAGUUUCCAGUGAUGAUUGAGGAGAACAAUCAAGUACAAGAUGUUCAGCUGGUUAUCCAUUCAGACUAUGCGCUAUUAUUUUUUAUUUAGUUUGAAUGGAUCUUAUGUUUAAAAUCUUGUUUUAGAUCGGCUUGUGAGCAAUAAUUAUAUAUUAUUAGAUCAUGAAGGGUAACCGGAUGAGGAAGUUGAAGAUGGCCGUUGAUUUCAUUUAGUGCCUUUUUAAUGUCAAAUCUUACCACAAACCAUUGAGAAAAUGCAUUUUAAAAAGGCACUGCCUGCAAAGACAGAACAGUAAAUGUUGUAGCAUACGUUUGUGAAACUGGUGAGAGGGUUUUGGAAUAUUUCGUGAAAGGUGAAAUUAUCCUCACUAAAGGUCGGUUUACAAGUGAUAACAAUGUGCAAUAGUGUCGUUGGCGUAUUUGUUCUUCCUGGAAGUUAAAGAUCUCUCCGUCAUAUUAGUGAGGUGUCCAUCUGACCGCGCGUUUCCUUGGUUACAGCCGUGUUGAAGAUUAGGUCUUUUUGAGAUGUUGCUGAUUUCUGUUCACAUGUCGGCUCAAGUCCACGCUGACCUGUGAGCAUGUAGAACAAGAAAGAGGGAUGACUCGCAGUGUGAUUGCCAAUAAUGUAAAAUGUGUCCGCACGCUUACAGACAAUUAUGUAGUGUGUGUGCGUGUCUGUGUGCGUGUCUGUGUGUCAGUUCAGACAUGUAUCAGGUAACUCAGUGGGAACAUACUGAUUUGAUAGAUGUGUGUUUUUGUGUCCCUGGCUUCUGUUCGGUCUUCUAGACGAUCAAAUUCUCUUUUUUCUCAGAUGUAUGUUUGUUUCAACAGAAUGUGACUUUUUGAUUCGGCUCAGCGUUUUUAAAAUGAAUAAAUAGGCUUUCAAUAUAUAUAUCUAUAUAUAUAUAGAUAUAUCUAUAUAUAUAUAUCUAUAUAUAAAUAUAUAGAUAUAUAUAUAGUAGAAUAUGUUUUAAAUAAAUCAGGUUUACAUGAGAAUCUUUGAUAUUAAUAAAUGCAUUUUUUUACACAGGA